AUGGCCAAAAAGGCGCGUCAGAGGAUAAGUUAUGUUCUCGAACUUGAUCAUUCGUCGUCUGGAGGUCACAGACUCGGCGUUAACGGGCUCGCGGUCGAUUCCGAUAAUGCUAUCCUCUAUUCUGGAGGCAGGGAUGGAGUCAUCUGCGCCUGGGACUUGAACCUCGACCUCAAGGACAGCGAUGCCAUAUCAAAUCCGGAUGCGAAUCCCCAACCAACCACGAGAUUCCGCGCCUCAACCCAGGCUCAUACCCACUGGGUCAACGAUAUCGUUCUCGCUGCCAAUAAUGCCGCCCUUGUAUCCGCGUCGUCCGAUUUGACUGUCAAAGCAUGGCGACCUGACUUGGGAGAUACCGAACCUUAUACUAUCGGUCAACACGCUGACUAUGUAAAAUGCGUCGCGGCACCGAGUUCCGCAGAUUGGGUAGCCUCGGGCGGGUUGGACCGAAAGAUAUACCUCUGGGACCUCAAUGGCAAGGGGAAAGCUCUGGAAAUCGAUGUCCGAGGCGAGGAUGUCAGUGAGAAGGCGUCUGUAUACGCUAUGUGUGCCAGCCAAAAUAUUCUUGCUAGUGGAGGACCCGAGUCCAUAGUACGGUUAUGGGAUCCCAAGUCAGGCAAGAGGAUCACCAAACUAGUUGGACAUACUGAUAACAUUCGUGCCAUAUUAAUGAACGAGGCGGGCGAUACCGUCAUGACUGCCAGCUCUGAUCAGACGGUCAAAGUGUGGAGCGUUACUGCUGGAAGAUGCAUGUAUACGCUCACUAUGCAUAACGACAGUGUCUGGUCACUAUUCUCUGAAGAGCCCGAGCUUGAUGUCUUUUACAGUAGCGACCGGUCUGGAAUGAUUGUCAAGACGGACACUCGAGGGACGAUUGAGAUGGAUGAAGGCCUUUCUGUUGCUGUGGCCCAGGAACACGACGGUGUGAAUAAAGUGGUGGCUUGUGGAGGUUACAUCUGGAGUGCUACUUCUAGCUCCUCCAUCAACAGGUGGACAAACGUUGAAACCGGACCUAACGCUCAACUCCCAGAGCCAUUUAGACAGCUGCGGGCUGGUAGCUCUACGUCAAGAGCACGAAAACUAUAUACGUCGUCUGUCGAUGGGUUAGAAAACAACGAACUUAACGCCAAGUCAAUCUUGCGAAUGUCCAAUACGGCUACUUUCCCGCCAGUAAUGAAUGACUUUCCCGAACCUAACAUGACACUCAGUGCGGCUUCCAGGAAAUCAGAAAUCAUUGUCGACCCAGUGGUUCCUAUAAUUGAGCCUAUACAUCACUUACCAGAAGAAACUAUAGAAGGGCAGAAUGGACUUGUAAAACAUAAGCUUCUUAAUGAUCGACGAAGAGUCUUAACUCUAGAUACAGCAGGCGAUGUAUUGCUGUGGGAUCUCAUCAGAUGCGAAGUCAUCCAUAGAUUUGGGAAGAAACACCUAGAAGAUGUUGAGCCGGAGGUAAAUACACUGGAGGCAAUUGCCCCUUGGUGUUCAAUCGAUACCAGUUCAGGAAACUUGACUGUCGUAUUAGAACCCUUUAAUUGUUUUGAUGCCGAAAUGUAUGCGGAUGAUUUGGUUCUAGCAGAGCCUGUCGAAUUUCGGGAAGAUCAGAGAAUAAAUCUAGGGAGAUGGAUCCUUCGAUACUUGUUUGCUAAGCUCAUUGACGAGGAAAUCAAACGCGACGAAGACCACAGGCGGAAACUCAAUGAGAGCGUAGAGAGACGGCAGGCGGCUAUUCGACCAAAUCCGCCGCCAAUACCUAUACCAGGGUGGGAGCAGGAUGACUCUUCUGUGCUAACGCCGAGAGCAAACGGCGCCAAUCACCCUAUAACCCCAGGUCUAGCAAUAGGUCUAGCCACUCCGGCUUUGCAUCUUCCAGGAAUCUCCGAGAAAACCGCCUCUGCUAGUUCUCUUGACAAGCCAACUUCUCAACCACUCAAUCGACCCUCUACUGAGGAUUAUUUCUCGACCAGCAUUAGCUCGGCAGACUCCCCUGUGAAGUCUGCCACGACCCCGGCAACCGAUCAGACGGUUACUAAAGAGGAGGCACCCAAGUCACCAACAGAGACGAAGGAUAAGGACAAGGAUAAAGAGAAAGAGAAAGAGAAAGAUAUUGCCAAAUCUCCAAGCACACCCUUUGGCAAAAAAUUCCGAAUGGGCAUGUCUUUCGGUACUAAGAAGCUCGGAAGGUCAGCAUCCACUACUAUUGAGAAGCCUACUACGGCAGAGGACAAGCCGGAAGAGAGCAAGUCGGAGUCGUCCUCGAACCAUGAGAAAGAAGUUGACGAUAAUCUCCGAGGUGUCAUUCAAAAGAUUCACAAUGAGUACGAAAAGCAAUUGCUUGAGAACCCGGAUACCUUAAUUGAGACAAAAAUAACACCGGCCCUACCAAUAGACGCGCCAGUUUUAAAACUCCCACCUGGUACUAAAGUCAUUAUCCAGGAAGAGACAUCUGGUGGUAGUGCCAACUUAUAUCGGGGCACUGUAAUGAGUGUAGGUGUCGAUGCAGAUAUCAUUGAGGAGAAAGCCCCGAUGUGGCUAGGCGAAGUGUUGCUUACGAACGCGAUUCCCCCAAAAGAUCCUGUUAAAGUCUCUUUUAUUCUACACCCCUGGAAAGAUUCACUUCCCAGUAUUGCGACAACCGAUGGGAAUAACCGUCUCAACGCAAAUAGAAUGCUGAGAGUGAAGAAAAUAUUGGGGUACGUGGCUGAGAGGAUCGAUCCACAGCCUGAAGAGCCGGAAGCUGGAGCCCUCAGGCCUGAGGAGUAUUUGGAGCUUUAUUGUAAUGACCAGUUAUUACCGAAUUCUAUGAGUCUGGCGACGUUGCGGGCCCAUGUUUGGAAAGGCGGCAACGAUGUUGUCUUGUAUUAUAAGGCAAAUGGGCGAAAGGAUAUUCCGAAGGAGCUCCCGCAACUGCAACUUGAUGACCCUGCUGUCUCGGAUCCUGGAGGACAAAUGUCGAUCCCGCCGAUAGCCACUGUAACCUGAUCGAUCCAGUUGGGUUCUGGAACUGAGACUAUAUAGCUAGGAGGGAGUGAGGGGUAUCAUCCAUAAUGUCCUAGGUAUAUAUGAUCCAUCUGAAAAUCAAAAGGGGUGUUGUCAAUAACAUUUGCUGUACAAGUAUAUAUCUACAUACCUAGAAACCUACUAGGUUAUUAU